UGAAUGAUUAAAAAAACAAAAAAACUGUUUGCGGCUGCUUUUUUUUUAUUCCGUUACGGUUUCGAUAAGUGAUUAUAUAUAUAAAUAUUUAUUCGUUUUUGCUGUUUUGUUUGUAGAUACAAAGCAGCGAUGAAUCUUGAAUUGCUCGAGUCGUUCGGGCAGAACUACCCCGAGGAAGCGGACGGUACGCUGGACUGUAUCAGCAUGGCUCUGACCUGCACCUUUAACCGCUGGGGGACGCUGCUCGCUGUCGGCUGUAACGAUGGACGCAUCGUCAUCUGGGACUUCCUCACACGCGGCAUCGCCAAGAUCAUCAGCGCACACAUCCACCCUGUCUGCUCACUCUGUUGGAGUCGAGAUGGACACAAACUGGUCAGUGCGUCCACAGAUAACAUUGUGUCUCAGUGGGACGUCCUGACCGGAGACUGUGAUCAGAGGUUCCGCUUCCCCUCCCCCAUCCUCAAACUGCAGUACCACCCCAGAGAUGCAGACAAGGUGCUGGUGUGUCCAAUGAAGUCGGCUCCGGUGCUCCUCACACUGUCAGACUCCAAACACGUGGUCCUGCCGGUGGACGACGACUCGGACCUGAACGUGGUGGCGUCGUUCGACAGGAGGGGCGAAUUUAUUUACACAGGAAAUGCCAAGGGCAAGAUUUUGGUGUUGAACACGAGCACUCAGGACCUGGUGGCGUCGUUCAGAGUGACUACAGGCACCAGCAACUCCACCGCCAUCAAAUCUAUUGAGUUCGCACGUAAGGGCAGCUGUUUCCUGAUUAACACAGCAGAUCGCAUUAUCAGAGUGUAUGAUGGCAGAGAGAUUCUGACCUGUGGGAGAGACGGAGAACCAGAACCCAUGCAAAAACUACAGGACCUUGUCAACAGGACUCCAUGGAAGCGGUGCUGUUUCUCAGGUGAUGGUGAGUACAUUGUGGCAGGUUCAGCUCGUCAGCACGCUCUCUACAUCUGGGAGAAAAGCAUCGGGAACCUGGUGAAGAUCCUCCACGGCACACGGGGAGAGCUUCUGCUGGAUGUAGCGUGGCAUCCUGUGCGGCCGAUCAUCGCCUCCAUCUCCAGUGGUGUGGUCUCCAUCUGGGCCCAGAACCAAGUGGAGAACUGGAGCGCCUUCGCCCCCGACUUCAAAGAGCUGGAUGAGAACGUGGAGUACGAGGAGAGAGAAUCGGAGUUCGACAUCGAGGAUGAGGACAAGAGUGAACCAGAACAGACAGGAGCAAAUGCUGCUGAGGAUGAGGAGGUGGACGUGACCUCUGUUGAUCCCAUACCAGCCUUCUGUAGCAGUGAUGAGGAGCUGGAGGACUAUAAGGCACUCCUGUAUUUACCCAUCGCUCCUGAGGUGGAGGAUCCUGAGGAGAACCCGUUCGGCCCACCUCCUGAUGGUCAAGGCUCCACCCCUGAGGAUGGCUCCGCCCACAACACCUCCACAGACAAGAAACAGAGACAGCCGUCUGCUGAUGGAGCUCCACCCAAAAAGAAAGCUCGUACUACAACCAUUGAACUGCAGGGCGUCCCCAGUGAUGAGGUGCACCCGUUGUUGGGGGUGAAGGGAGACGGGAAGUCGAAGAAGAAGGCGGCUGGCCGUCCGAAGGGAUCGAAAGGUAAAGAGAAAGAAUCGGCGUUUAGACCCAAACUGUUCGACAGAGAGAGAGACAGAGGGGCGGAGUUGGACGGGCCGGGACUAAAGGGAACCCUCAUGGCUUCAGCGUACAAACCACAUGAUGUUCAGGGUCUGGACUGAGGGAUGGAGGAGCUGAGGGACUGAUGGUGUGAGCCUGCAGCGCCCCCUGUCUGUGUGGAAACCAAACGCUCUGUAAAAGACUGUAUAAGUGCUGAGUGUGGAGGAAACUCAGGACGCUCCACUCUGUUCUAACUGUUCCAGGAUCAGUGUGUGACAGACAGGACGUGUUUCAUUCCCCAGAACACAGCGCUUCCUGCUGAUGGACAGAAUCAGAGAGAGAGAGAGAGAGAGAGAGAGAGAGAGUCUUCUGUAGAUAUUUUAUCUCUCUGCACUAGCUGUGUAGUCAUGUUCAUUAUUUUUGUUUUUUAUAAGCCAUGCCCACUUCCUCGUGUGUGUAUGUGUGUGUGUGAGAGAGAGCCCCUUUCUAUAUGAGUUUCUUCCCCUUUUUAGUACAGGAAGAAAAAAAAAAGUUUUGGAAUAAAAUGAUCUCGGGAACUAGA